CUGUUAGGGUUCCCAAAAAAAUCCUCUCUCUUUGCCUUUGUAGACUUUGUCUUCUUUCUUCAUAAUUCAUUGAUUUUUUCUUAAUCAAUCUUUUCGUUUGCAUUUGAUUGUUGAUAAUUUGGAGAUUUUAAAAGCCAAUUUAAGUUUUUCAUUGCUUUUCUGGGUUUGAUCUCAAUUUCGCGUUUUGAGAUUUCAAAUUUUCAAUUUUGGUUUUUUUUUUGAGUGUUUCAUGUGAAAAAAAGAGUAAUCUAGAAAUGCCAGUUACAGAUUAUCAAGGAGCAUCUGCAUCUUUCACAAAUUUUGGGAGAUCUCUUUUGAGUAUGCGUCGAGAUCAGGUGCAUUCCAUGGAAGCUGCUCAUGAGGCGACUAGUCAAGAGAUUGAACUCGAAGCUUUCCAGAAGCAAGUGGCUGAGCGUUUUAAUGAAUUAUCUUCUGUUGAUUCUGAUCAAUUGCUUUCGGUUCCCUGGAUCCGUAAGCUGUUGGAUGUGUUCCUCUGUUGCCAGGAGCAAUUCAGGUCUAUUUUGUUCAACAACACUGCUAAUUUGAACAAACCUCCUAUGGACAGAUACGUCACUGAAUAUUUCGAUAGGAGUGUGAAGGGAUUGGAUGUUUGUAACGCGAUAAGGGAUGGAAUUGAGCAGAUAAAGCAGUGGCAGAAGCAGUUGGAGAUUGUUCUGUGUGCAUUGGAAAAUCAGAGGUGUGUUGGUGAAGGUCAAUUUCGUCGUGCUAAGAAGGCUUUGAUUGAUUUUGCAAUUGGUAUGCUUGAUGAGAAGGAGUCUAAUACAUCUGUGGCUCAUAGAAACAGGUCAUUUGGCCGAAACAAUACUCAGAAUGAUCAUAAAUCUUUAGGCCAUUUUAGAUCAUUGUCAUGGAGUGUUUCUAGAAAUUGGUCUGCUGCUAGGCAGCUUCAAGCAAUUGGUAACAACUUAGUUGCUCCAAAAAAUAACGAAAUUGCUGCUACCAAUGGAUUAGCGUUGGCUGUUUUCACAAUGAGUUAUGUGUUAUACUUUGUAAUGUGGGCACUUGUGGCAGCAAUACCAUGCCAGGACCGUGGGUUGCAGACCCAUUUUUAUGUGACUAGGCAAUUCGUUUGGGCCGUCCCAAUCCUAUCACUCCAUGAAAGGAUUUUGGAGGAAUCGAAGAAGAGGGAUCGUAGAAAUGCUUGUGGAUUGUUGAAGGAGAUUCAUGAGAUGGAGAAAUGCGCUCAUCAUAUGAAUGAAUUGAUCGAUACGGUUCAUUUUCCAAUCACAGAGGAAAAAGAUGGAGAAGUGAAGCUAAGAGUUCAUGAACUUGGGCUUGUUUAUGAUGGUUUAAAGAAUGGAUUAGACCCUUUAGAGCGCCAGGUUAGGGAAGUAUUCCAUCGAAUUGUUCGGAGCAGGACUGAAGGCCUCGACUCAAUCGGACGAGGGAAUCAUGAGUGAAACAAUUGUUGGGAACCCAUCAAUUUAGAAUAUGAUAUAUAGAUUUUCCCUUUUCAGUUCUUUUCUUUUUUGGACCUUUUUUAGAUGAGGGAGAAUGGUUAAUGGUGCCAGAAAAAUAAGUAGUUUAAAGAGGUGAAAAUAAUGUAUUCUCACUUCAUAUUUGUAAAGAAAUUUAGGGAAAAAAUGGAUCUUUGAUUCAUUUUUGGUGAUAAUCAUCUUGUUUGGGAUUGUAUAAUCACUUAUGACUUAAGUUUGCUUUUCUAACUCUUUA